CCGUCCGAUUCCCGCAACCACGAGCACCUCUCUCUCGCGCGCGCAGUCUCGCGUCUGCGUCCUCUCCCGAUUCCCAAAUUCCCAAAUUCUUCUUCUGAAAGAACCCUAGCCGCCAGCCACUCCGACGGACGACAGCGCGACGCCGCCUCGCCAACUCCAGCAACCGCCGGUGGCGCCACGCAGACGGCCGUUCCCUCUGACCCCGAGCUUCAUUCUCUCCCGGUUCGACGAUCCCUAGCCGCCAGGUCGGCGUCUCUUGCAGGAAUCGUCGGCCGGCACCCGGCGGGAAGAACCCUCCUCCCCCGGAUCUCUCCCCUUCGUCAAAGUCACAGCUCACGAGCCCCUGUCUUCAUCUCUCGGGCCCCGGCGGCUGACGGGACGACCCAGGCAGACGGCUUCGGUUUGUCGUCCUCUGUUAGCAUCUUUGCCACUGUAAUUCUACUCUUCUGCAAUCGUUGGCCAUCAUAUUUGAAGGUAUGACCUUGUUUUGAUCCAGCGAUUAGUUUAAAUCUCAUUUGUUUUUAGAAUUUCAAUUUCUAGAUUGUACAGGUAGAUCUGCUAUAACAUAAACCUGAAAUGAACAGUUAGUUUAUCCCGUUGCAUUGUAGUAUCUACCUUUCAGAUAAUGGCGUCGGAGAACGAGCGUCUCUCGGUUGCCGUUAUGGCGGAAGACGCUGCCGAUAGGGCCAAGAGGCUGAUCCUCGCUCUCUAUCAGUAUGAAAACAUUCUCGGUGCUGAGGUUGUAGCGAAUGCUGUGACUGAUGGCGCAAGGCUUGGCCUCAUUGAUGACGCAGUAGCUGGUCAGCUUACCACUAUGAGCCGUAGUGACGCUGAUAUGUACGUUUCUGCUGCCGCCUCAGGUGCCGUGGCGGCCGUACUUCAAGCCAUGGCUAAUAGCCUUUCAGAAAUUGGGAUCAAAACUAACCACGGAUCAUUUACUGCACACCGGGUCAAGCAUGAUGAAAUUAAUGUGGCUGCUGCCACCGGUAUACAGAGAAACAACUCCUUGUUUAGCUACUUCAUUCUGGCAUUUUCUGUGGUGAUGGCUAUCGUUUCAGUAUUUGUUGUUGUCUUUAGAGCUGUUUAGUAAGGCGGCCGUUUGAAAGGGAAACAUUGCCCCUGUAUGGGUUUUGAUGAAUGAUGACAACAUGGUUGAGGAACUAAUGAGUUACACGGAGUGUUUCAGGUUUUAGUUUCU